AUGCCGACCCCGAGAAAAUCCGAGAAAAUUAAAAGAAGCGUCUCCUCCCUCUUUCCCCUUCCUACCUGUUCUCCCUCAGUUUUUCCUGCCGCCUCCUCGCCCGCGGCUGCCUGGAGCGGGCAUCCCUCCGGGUUAUUCACCUCCCUCGGUGUCGCCCCUUACCGCACGGCGCAAAGCGACUGUCCAUCCUCACGGCGUUCGGGCCGCGCCUGUUCCCACGCUCCGCUGCUCGUCCUGGCAGCUCCUCCCGAAGAGUCCGUUCGCCAGGGAGGCAACGCGGGGCAAGGGAGAUCGGGCGCCACGUCCGGUGCUGGCAGCCCCGCGGCUGAGCCGGUUCUAACCCAGCCGGGUGACGCUGCUGCAAAGCACACCUGCAGCGCGGCGGCAGCUCCUUCCGGCCGCGGGGUCCUCGCCUUCCCGGGGAAGGCCGCGGUCCGCUCCCAAGGCCCGCGGCUCUGCCGCCCAACCUGCCCGCAGAGCCCGGCGCCUCCGGAGCGCGCCCCGCCGGAGGCCCGGGGGAGGGCAGCCCCCGGCGGGGAGCGCGGUUUGAGCCGGGAGAAGCGCGAAUGCCGCCGGCAGAUUAAACCCCCGGUGUUUGCCGUGGCGUUCCCGCGGGGUGCGCUUGCUCCCGGAGUAACGCCGCUCUCUGCCCUAGGCAUCCUCUUCAACACCGGGGCCGGCCAGCACAUCCUGAAGAACCCCCUCGUCGUCAACAGCAUCAUCGAGAAGGCGGCCCUACGACGCACGGACGUCAUUCUGGAAGUAGGCCCGGGAACCGGGAACCUGACGGUGAAGAUGUUAGAGAAAGUAAAAAAAGUUAUUGCUUGUGAAAUUGACCCCAGACUUGUUGGUGAACUUCAGAAGAGAGUCCAGGGCACGUGUCUGGCAAACAAACUGGAAAUCAAGGUUGGAGAUAUCUUGAAAACAGACUUACCAUUCUUUGAUGCAUGCGUGGCUAACUUGCCUUACCAGAUUUCUUCACCUUUUGUUUUCAAGUUGUUGCUUCAUAGACCUUUUUUCAGGUGUGCAAUACUUAUGUUUCAAAGGGAAUUUGCACUUCGUUUGGUUGCAAAACCAGGAACUAAACUAUACUGCAGACUCUCUAUUAAUACUCAGUUAUUGGCUCGAGUGGACCAUCUGAUGAAGGUUGGAAAGAACAACUUCAGGCCUCCUCCCAAAGUUGAAUCCAGCGUUGUCAGAAUAGAGCCAAAGAACCCACCGCCACCUAUCAAUUUCCAGGAGUGGGAUGGUCUGGUAAGGAUAGCCUUUGUUAGGAAAAACAAGACACUCUCUGCAGCAUUUAAGUCAAGUGCUGUAGAGCAGUUGCUGGAUCAUAAUUACCGAAUUCAUUGUUCCUUACAUAAUACAGAAAUACCCGAAAACUUCAAAAUUGGAGAGAAAAUACAGACAGUCCUAAAAAAUACAGGUUAUUCUGAAAAACGAGCCCGUUCAAUGGAUAUAGAUGAUUUCAUUAGACUGCUACAUGGCUUCAAUUCAGAAGGCAUCCAUUUCUCAUAGACUCUGCUAGAAGAAUGAAAGAUGUUCUGUAUUUUGUCACCGAAGUCAUUACUUAAGCCAGAGUGACUGCAACUGGGACAAGCUCUUCUCACAAAAGCAAUGAACAAUACAGCGUACACACUCUGGUUCUUUUUAAAACCUUACAUGCAAUUUUAUCACAGAUAGUAGGCAAGAAGCUGCUGCUUUGUAUUUUAAAGGCGAUAAAUUCUUUCAUGACUGAAGUGAGAUGCUGGACUUCCACAUGACAGUGUAUUUUUAAAUAUACCAAAUAAUAUGGGUUGAUGCUGCCAUAAUUGCAGUCUGUGUUCUCUGAUCAUGGACUUCACCUCAAUAUAUUCUUGCACAAUACUCAACAGUACAACCCACUAAGUCUGGUCUGGGCAACAAAAACAGUUGUAAUCAUUCCAUUUGUUUGGGAUUUUUUGUUUGUUUGUUUUAAAGUGUAUUUAAACACCUUCUUUUGA